AUGGCUUUAAUGAACUUGGGCUUUAAAACUACCGUUGGCUUAGGUCUUCGUGCCGCACUUAUCAUCUUCUCCUUCUGUCUUUUCAUCUGCUCGUGUGUGACAUUGGGCAAAUUGGACUUUUGGGAGGAUAGGGCUGGUGUUUCCUUGGUGACCAGUCUUCUUGGUUUCAUUUACUACAUUCCAACCGUUUUGCCUUUCACGGUGCGCUACUUCUCUCCUGCAAUUGUUCUUGCAGGAGACAUUUGGAUGGUAAUCUGGUGGAUUAUCGCCCUUGGUGUGAUGGGAGACCGUUUCGGUAGCGACUUGACUUGCAAAUGGGUUACCGGCGACUACAAGACCGGCUGCCAAGCCGGUAAGGGCGCUCUUGCCUUUUCUGUUUUGGGAUUCGUAACUUCCCUUGCAACUGUGGCCAUCAUUGGUUACUUCACUGUAUACCAGAGCUACAAGGAUGGCGGCAAACAGGGUCUCUUGCAGAAAGGAUCCCUUGCCAAUGGUGCUGUUUUCUUGGACGGGUCAGCAGCUCCCCUGACCGCCCCAGCAGAUGUCGAGGAUAUUGAGGCAGGCGCUGGUGCUGCCUCUAGUGGUCAAGAGGAAGCAAUUGACCAGAAGGAUGUGGAAUCGCAGCCAACUGAGCAUUCGCCUGUUGCCAGCCGUCACUCUGAGGACUUGGCUACCGCUACCAAGUAA